CAGCUCAACAGCGUCAACGCAUAGCAAAGAGGUGGAAUACAUCGAGGAAGCUUCGAAGUCCGGCUCGGCUUCGAGGAGAGCACGGUAGAGCCUGCGCUUGCAGCUCGCUCAGUAUGUCGUCCGGUAUCAAUCAGCCGAAUCGUAUAGAUUCCUGGGUUCUGGAAGACGGAGAGAAGCUAUUGACCAUCACUGAGGAUCCCAAAAUCCCAAAUGCGGCGACCGUUCUGCUGAAAAAGCAAGAUCAUACCAUGGCCAACAUGAUUCGAGGGCAACUGCUUCUUGAUCCCUCCGUUCUUUUUGCCGGCUACAAGGUCCCGCACCCCCUCGAGACCGAUGUCAUUAUCAAGAUUCAAACGGAUGAACGAUCAAAUCCUGCCGACGCGCUAAAGAGGGCAUGUACCCUGCUCAUACAGCAGACACUCGAGGUCAAGAAGCAGUUCAUGGAGCAAGCGAGAAACGCAGAAAUGGGUCUCGGUCUAGGAGCAGAAGCUCAACCUACAAAUAUGGGUUAUGAUCCCUAUGGAGACGGACUCGCAUCUGGCGCUGCACGGACAGCAGACGGGGGUGACGCUUAUGACUUUUAGAAUGGCCCGAGGUGCUCAGGUGUUAGGUCAGAAUCCAAUUGUAUCUUCUUGUUGUAUGCAUCAGAACUUCAUGGAUAUAGAACAGAUGUGUUGUAGCAGUGUGUUUGCAUGACG